CACGUCACGAAGCUGUCAAAGUACGUUGCCGAUCGAAGUUUACGCGACUUUCGAAGGGACACGCCAUCGUUUUUAGCUGGAAAGUGAAUUUUACCUCGGAAAAUCGCACAAAAAUGGGUGUCAUGGAAUCUCUCGGUGUCGACGGAUUGCUCAGCGAUGUCCAGCGGAUGGACAAACGACAGUUUUUCUUCCAGGUUCUGAGCUUCGGAAUGAUCGUUUCCUCGGCGCUGAUGAUCUGGAAGGGCCUGAUGGUGGUCACCGGAAGCGAAUCGCCGAUUGUGGUGGUGCUGAGUGGCAGUAUGGAACCGGCUUUUCAUCGCGGUGACCUGCUGUUCCUGACCAACCAGGAAGAACCGGUGCGCGUAGGAGAAAUCGUUGUGUUCAAAAUCGAGGGCCGGGACAUUCCGAUCGUCCAUCGGGUGAUCAAGCUGCACGAGAAGAACAACGGCACGGUCAAGUUCCUGACCAAGGGCGACAACAACUCGGUGGACGAUCGGGGCCUGUAUGCGCCCGGGCAGCUCUGGCUCACCAAGAAGGACAUCGUGGGCAGGGCCAGGGGAUUUUUGCCCUACGUCGGAAUGAUCACGAUCUACAUGAACGAGUACCCGAACCUGAAGUACGGCAUUCUGGGGUUAUUGGCGCUGUAUGUGCUGCUGCAUAGGGAAUAGAUCUCGUUUUAGUUGUUUAGGAAAAAAAAGAGGCGCAUUUUUUCUAUAGAUUCAAUGAUCACCAGCAGAUUGUUCGAUUUCCGAGACAAUUUAAAAGAAAUCUUGCAUUUCGCGUCGUACUGGUGUAACUUAAACAAAUGUAAGAAAUUCUUGAGACUUGAAACCAUUUCGUUGUAACUGUAAAACAUUGAAAAAUGCGAUGCACAUCUGCUCCAAUUGCGGUUACGCUCGUUCGAUGCUAAGUAUUAGGUUUUAAUAGAACAACUGAAUUACAAUAUGUAAAAUGUGGAAAUAAGAACGAAAAUACACAAACUGGUCAAACUUCUUCGAACCGUACUGAA